AUGGUUACAGUGGAAGUAGAAAACUGUAGUAACCAAGAAACUCCUACACCGAACUGUAAUUAUGUUUCAAAUAUUAAACAGAACGGUCACAGUAUAGAACCCAUGAAACAGAUUCCUGGCUAUUUAUCAAUUUAUGCAGUAUUUCAGAUAAUUGGAAUAUUCCUUAUAUUAUCUGUCUUUUUAUGGCUUCAAAUUUAUCGGACUGGUUUCGGUUUUAGUGGAACAAUUCAUAUAUGCAACUGGCACCCUUUAUUAAUGACAAUCACGUUUAUUUAUUUAUUCGCAAAUUCUAUCCUCCAUUUCAGGAAUUUUCGAAAUACUACAAAACGAAAAUUAAAAAUGCAACAUGCAACAAUUCAUAGUUGUAUAGUCAUAUUUGGGGUACUUGGUAUAUGGACUGGUUUAAAUUCAAAUUUAAUUGCUAAUCCACCUAUUCCAAAAUUUUACAGUUUGCACAGUUGGUUGGGAAUUAUUACUGUUAUAAUGUUCCUCUCUCAGUUUACAAGUGGAUUUAUAUCAUUUCUUUACCCUGAAAUAGGGAUGAGAUAUAAAAAAGUUAUGAUGCCGUAUCACGUAAUUUUUGGUAUACUGACGUUCGUAUUAUCUAUCAUAACUUCAGUUCUGGGAUUUAGUGAAAAAAUCAUAUUUGCAUUGAACCACCAGUAUGAGCAUAUGCCGACGGAAGGACUAUUUUUAAACUUUGUAGGGAUAGUAUUAAUUGUUUACGGUGUAUUGGUUAUGUACAUAUUGAUCAAACCGGAAUAUAAAAGAUCUUCUAAGCCAGAUGACGGAGUGACAAAUAAUAGGACUUGA